AUGGGGCUUUUCCCAUUCUUAACUAGAGGCUCAGGAAAUGUAGUGCAUGCGAAGGUGACCACAAUGGAUGCAGAUCUCGAUCGAAUUGUCAUCGAGGCAAGUUGGACAGGUCGCCACUUGUUUGACGCUGUGUGCCGUAUCAUUGGCCUCCGCGAGGUCUGGUUUUUUGGCUUACAGUUUAAUAACAAAAAGGGGUUGCCUUGCUGGUUACAAAUGGAUAGAGAGAUUCGAAAGCAAGACGUACCACGAGGAGAAGAUGGGUGUAUGCAGUUUUUGUUCCUAGUUAAAUUUUAUCCUGAAGAUGUCGAGGAAGAGCUCAUUCAGGAUCUCACAAGGCAUCUAUUCUUCCUGCAAAUAAAACAAGCUAUUUUAUCCAUGGAUCUUUAUUGCUCGCCAGAAGCAUCUGUGCUUCUUGCAAGUUUUGCUGUGCAAGCUAUUAAUGGGGAUUGUACAGAGGAUAUAGGACCGCUAGACUUAGACAAGUUGUUGCCAAAAAGUGUAAUUGAACAGUACGAUAUGAGCGCUGAUAUGUGGAGAGAGCGUAUAAAGCGAUGGUGGAUAAAUAAUCAUGGUCAGACAAGAGAGGAUGCUGAAAUGGAAUAUCUUCGUGUCGCACAAGAUCUAGAGAUGUAUGGAAUACUCUACUAUCCGAUUUGUAAUAAGAAAGAAACUGAUCUACACCUUGGUAUUUCCGCACAAGGUCUUGGUAUUUAUAAGGGUUCAAAUCGAAUAACACCACGACCUUUCUUUUCUUGGAGUGAAAUCAAAAAUAUUUCGUUUAAGAACAAGAAAUUCCAUAUGAAAACUGUCGACAAAUCCACGAUAUCAUUUCGCGCUCAAGAAAGAACCAUAAAUCCAUCGAUCCUGGACUUGUGUAUUGGAACACAUAAUCUUUACCUUAGAAGGCGACAACCUGAUACGUUAGAGGUGCAGCAAAUGAAGGCAUUAGCUAAGGAAGAACGGGCUCGGAGACAGCAAGAACUCUCUCGACUAGCUAGAGAGCGAGAGCAACGACUUCAAGUGGAGAAUGAACGAAAUCAGCUUAAGGCUGAGGUCGAAAAGAUUGCUGAGCAGUUGGCACAAGCUAAGGAAACAGCUCGAAAAACUGAAGAAACCGCUGAGCUGCUGGCAGAGAAGGCGCGUGCCAGCGAACAAGAGACCUUAUUAUUGACGAAAAGGGUCAGUGAAGCGGAAGCGGAGUGCCACAGGUUGCAAAUGAACCAUGUCAAGUCGGAGGAGGCUUUGAUGAGAAUGGAGCGUAAGGCUCGUGAAGCGGAACUAUAUGCGCAGAGGAUUUCUAUGUCGUUAGCCGAUGUAAACAGCAAACCUCAUUAUGCGAGUCAUGCUCUUAUUACGGAGUCUUCGAUGUGGCCAUUGUCAAAUAUAUCGUUGCAAAGCACGCUGUCUCACCAUCAGUUGAUGAUCUCGGGCGGAUCACAAGAAGGUAGCGAUAGACUAGGAUACGCAGAUCGAUCGUCUGUGCACACGCCACAACAUCCUGCUAUUCAGCUCUCUAGCACACCUUUCUAUAGAGCGGUACAACCGAAUAUUGCGCAGGUUAAUGCUGUUCUUUGUGGGGCACAGAUGUUAAGCUAUGCCUUGUCAGGAUUUAAUAACCUUGUUCAGAUGAUGCAUGCCCCACCUCCUCCUGAUCCAUCGGUAAACCAGCGCAUAGAGUUUCAUAAUAUACGUGGCGAACUGGAAAAAUCUAGGUAUUUUUUUCCGCUUGCACCGUCCAUCUUUGCUUUAACGCUGGUUAUCGAAAGUUGUUUUAGGCAUGACUUUUCUGAAAAAGCACGAUUAUUUAAAGAAAGACUCAACGAAUUUCGAAAUGAGAUCGAUGCAAUGAAAAGAGAAGAUAGACAGACUGAACAUGAUGUGAUCCAUGCGCAUAAUGUUCAGAACGGCUUUGACAAAUUUGCCACACUCAGAAUGGUAGGUUGGGGUUGCAAAGUUACAUUUUUUUAA